AUGCAGUUGAAACCCCAUAGGAAACCCUCUUAUGUUCAAGCACUGACUUUCUGGAAAUUGGAAGACAAAAUAGAAGGACUACAUAAGACAAAAUAUUGGGGUUACAGUGUAAUUUUCAGUGUGGACAAAGCAGAUGAUGAAGAUGACGAGGAUUUAACAGUGAACAAAACUUGGGUAUUAGCACCAAAGAUACAUGAAGGUGAUGUCACACACAUCCUGAACUCUUUACUUCAAGGCUAUGAUAACAAACUUCGGCCUGAUAUAGGAGUGAGACCCACAAUAAUUGAAACUGAUGUUUAUGUUAACAGCAUUGGACCUGUUGAUCCAAUCAAUAUGGAAUAUACCAUAGAUAUCAUUUUUGCCCAAACUUGGUUUGAUAGUCGCUUAAAAUUUAAUAGCACGAUGAAAGUCUUGAUGCUUAACAGCAACAUGGUUGGAAAAAUUUGGAUCCCUGAUACUUUCUUCAGAAACUCAAGAAAAUCAGAUGCUCACUGGAUAACAACUCCCAAUAGACUGCUUCGAAUAUGGAGUGAUGGAAGAGUUCUCUAUACCUUAAGGUAA